ACGGAAGACAUGUGACUAAACAACCUGUUGCGAACAAUGAAUGGCAUUUUCUCCAGCUAUUUACUGUCGGUACUGCGGGACAUAAUGUGUGCAGAUUGUUUUUCUGCGCUUUGAUGGUAACACAUGUGCCGAUAUCAUCGCAGAACGAUCUACACCUGUCUAGCUGAGUCAUAUUAUGUUGUUUUGCCUCGCUUUGCUCAUAUCCUGUCCCAGCUGAGGCAAACGUCAAACCGUGGAGCUGUUGCUAAACGUGUACAUGCAGCCUGUCUACUGACAGUACUAUUGUGCACACUGAAACGUGUAAUAGGAACUUGAAGCUGGAAGACAUGUGCUUCCCGUGGGUUGCCUGAGGCUGAAAUUGAUGAAAAUGUGUAUUCAAAUACUUAAUCGUCAACCGCGGUAACAUUUUUUUUUGUAGACUAGCUAUAUAGGCCUACAUACCAGUAGUCGUCAGUGUAGUCCCAGUCUGUAUGCUGCAUCCAAUAUACUUUGAAGCAUUUAAGAGGAUAGCUGAUGAUGAGAUUAUUAGUUUGAUCAGACACUUGAAAAAAGGCAGUUCAGAGCUAUAGUGAAAGAUGCAGCAUUGAAAAAACAAGGAGAUGUAGUUGAACAGAUGGUAGAUGCCCCUGUAGGUUAGGUCAUUGUCAUCAUCAGUCUCAGGCUUAACACCAUCUCUGUUUGCAAGCUUUGAAGCUUUCCUGUUGCAUCAUGGCUCUCUAUACAAUGCUUAGCAUUGGCAUAGCCAUUGUCUGUGUGCUGGUGGCAGUUUUGAAGAAGAAUGGAUAUUUGCUGAGUUACAUAAAAUGGGGAAGUGUUGGAAUAGGUGAUAAACAGCAUGGAAGACCGUACACUACGAAAAGCAUCCUGAACCUGUUAAAGUCAAACCAGCUAUUCCCAGUGUGUUGUGCCCAGGGCUGGCUGCUCUCUACCCUCCACCAUGGUCACAGGGUGUGGUCUCGUGUGGUCUCCACUGAUUUGGCUGCUCACAGCCUCACACUCUACUCGGCAUACGCCAAAGUACAUGCUUCAUCCCAGGUUGUAUUACAGUUACUGAAGGAUGUUGGUAAAACAUGUGAGUGGAGUCCACGGGUGGUGUCCUGUACACAGGUGUGCCCCACCCAGGGGGAGGAGGCGGGCAGGAGGAAGCCCUACCCCAGUCUACCUGUACAACAAGACCAGGUUAGAGAGGUGUUGCGGAUGGAAGACAGUUUGCUGGAGGGACGGAAGGAAGUGCUGUACAAGAGAAUAUGGCAUAGAGAGGACAAUGGAUGUUGCUGGAUGUUGAAGAUGUGUGAAUCCUCCCAGGCCUGGAUGUUUUUCUUGGCUCAGCCAACAGAAGAUGCUGAGCACAGUUUGCUGACAGUUAUCACCCCUGAGCUGCCACUAGUGGCCACUGAAACAACAGAUGUUACUACAAUCCUGGGUUGUUUGGCUGAUCAUUUGUACUAUAGAAAAGCUGAGUUCACUCCCUUGUUGUCAAUCACUGUCCCGCCUUCCCAUGUAUUGGAACCAAAUCAAAAUUCCUCCAGCGAAGAUGAAGCUAAACCCAUGUCCAACAACAACAACUCAUCUAAGGAGGACACCUCAUCUUCAGAAAAUCACUCCCGGAAGUUUGAAAACGCAGCUGUUGGGCAAAAUGUCAAAAAUACACCUAUCAAAGAAGAUGUUUCAAAGGGAGAUAAACAAACCAGGACACUUAAAGAUGAAACAGCUGCUGUAUCCAUUUUAAGGCCUGUGUCCAGAUCUGCUCCUCCAGCCUAUGUGAUGAAGUUUGCAAAGACAGGGGACAAGUCUGUUUCAUCCACAGAGGAGUUUCAGUGUUCUUUGUCUCAGGUCAACCUUCCACAAGUCAGUACAGGAACACUUGAGGAGUCUUUUGAGGUGAUGCCAAUUCGCAGGGUUGAAUCUGACUCCAGUCUCUUUAUGAAGCCGAAAUCCAUGGAUGGGGCGGCCUCAGUCUCUCAACCUCAAAAUUGUGAUGGAGACAGACAAAAAACAAAAGUGUUAACCUUGGCCAAUCAGAGCGCUGCAGAACUUCUUGUUCAGUCAUUCAAGGCUUCCUCUGUGGACAUUAACCACAAUGAUACUGCUAACAAGACCUGGGAGAACUGCCCAGGAGGUUGGAUGUUUUCAGGCCUGGACAGUGAAGUUGUAAUUCUCAGAAGAUUGUUUAAAAACGGAAUGAGUACUCAGAGUUACAUGGGUAAAGGUAUGAUCCAUGCCAGCCCUAAGACUGUCUUUGAUGCCAUCCGAAACCCCAGGAUGAAGUUUACCUAUGACGAGACUUUAAAGAAAGUUGAUAUAAUCGAGACAGUUUCGGACACAGUUAAAAUAGUGUAUUUUUACCAUGAAAUCCUGCAAUUGUUCCGGAAGGAUUCUUGUGAUUUCUGCAUUCUUCAGAGUGAGCGGGUGGAUGGAGACAAGUUUGUUCUCAGUUUACAGUCCGUAGACUCCCUAGAUGCACCACCGAAGAAUGGUACAGUCAGGGGAAAGUUACUGCCCAGUGGAUGGAUUGUGGAACCCGUUCGUAAAAACAAGAAGAUUAUCUCAAUGGUUACAUUCCUUAUGCAGAUGGAUUUUGGACCUGGGAAAGGUUCUAGUCUCCCGUUUGAAGAUAUCGCCUCACGCCAACCCCUCGCUAUUGUGCAUCUGCGAGAGUACUUCAAACCCCUGACUGAGCUUGUACAAAGAGGUCAGCCCAAGUAAAGUAUGGCCAGCAGCUGUAAGCUUUCGUCAAAUGUUGAAUUUUUAUGAUCAGAGGCAGGAUGAUCACAAAAGUGUCAAAUUUAAACAAAAUGUCUAAAAAUCAGUCACUUCUCCUACGAAGUAACUCAAUGUUUUUACCUGAAAUUUAACAAGCUUUUCUUUUGUCCAUUUGUAUACAUACAGUGUUUUCUUUAACCCCACUGUGUAAAACAGUUAGACUGUUGAUUAUAUCCAAAACAUAAACAAAUCUGAUUUGACAAAGCCGUGAAGCAAUUCAGAAUAUCACAAUUAUUAUCACUGUAUUAACCACUAGAGUCCCAAAUACUGGAAAUCGUUUAUGAAUUUCUGCAAAAAAUUAAAUGUCUCACCUAUUUACUUGUCUUGUGUAAUUUGCAGACAUAUUAAACUGUUCGUGGUGAAAUUCAUUGGUAAAUAAAUUGUAGUUGAACUAUUUCUGGAACUUACAUAUUUAUACAUGUAUAUAUAUGUAUGUGUUUGUAUACAACAUGAUUUUGGAGUUGUUGUUGAAUGCUUCUAUAUAAGGAACUAUUACUGUUCAUAUCUGUAUACAAGAAGUGUUCAGAGUUCUAAGAGUAUGAUUUAGCUACUGUGUGAAUACAAAGUGUAUGGAUGCAUCUUAUAUACAUCUGGGAUUAAGAUAGACGGCUGUCUUAAUCCCAGCAUACACAUACCUGAACUGUACAUGUAAAUGCAGUCCUGUAUGUUAGCCAUUCCAUGACUUGGUUAUGUAUUGGUAAUCAGUGGAUAGCUGUUUUUAUUGGGAAAGUGAACCAAGUAAGGCAUAUAGAAAAUUUGGCUCAGUAUUUUUUUUAUCCAGUGACCGUGAUGUUGGUUUAAUUUUGAAGGUCAAUUAGAUCUUAAAAUGAGUAAUGAGUAUGAAUUCUUAUUGAUGAAAAUGAUGAACCACGAGAUGUACAUGAUUGUGACUUGACUAAUUUGGGAUAAAUGAAUUUUGAAAUCAUUUAAUAUGUUUUUGUAUACUUACAAAAACAAUACACAGGUGGCAAUAGAUGAAGGUUAUGUUCUGUUAACAUCGUUUGUGUGUAUUUCAGCCAUCUGUAAAUGUACACAAAAACCAUAUCUUGCCUUUGCCAAGUGACCAGAAAAUUAUUUUUUCAUAUCUAUAUAUUUUUAUGUUUUGCUAUUGAUCAUGACUUAUACAUGUGUGUUUGCAUGUAUGACCAAUUACAAAGCCUUAUUUCCAUGUCAUACACUUCAUUGUAAAUAUAAGGUGGUAAAAAUUAUUUUUGUUCUUCCUGGAAAUUUUAAACUUUGAGUAUACCUGUAACAUUUGAUCUUGGCAUGUCCUGAUGUUCCAAGAGUUUAAGGUAAUGUUCAUGUUUUUUGUGAACUUUUCCACCUACAAUUCCCAUCUAUAUAACCUGGAUGUUUUGCUCAAAAAUUUCCAUCUGAGUUAUGGAAUAUCCAUCUUGGAAUUAUGUGUGUAAAGCAGACUGCUGUACAUUAUAACCACUGCAUGUUCUUAUGAGUGCGAUUGGAAAUUGUAUUCAAAUCAGUUGCUGUAGUAUUCGUUGCUUGGCUUUAAUUAACUUCAGCCUUUUUGAAAAUACUCACAUUUUGUUUUACUUGUGUAUGAUACAUACAUAUCAUGCACGAUGUUUGAUGAUUUGGGUUGUACUAUAUUGUGAUUAAUGUUGUUGAUAUAUAGUUGUGAAUAUUUUUACAGGCCUAUUGUAUAUUGGUUAUUUUGAGAUCCUGAUAUAUUUUGUUAAUUUGUGUUAUGUAUUUAAUUAUGAAUUCUUCAUUCUUUUGGUGAGUGACAUGUUUUUACUGGUUACAUGUAUUUAGCUUCCUGUUAUGAAAAAAAAAGAAGAACCUUAUUUUGUUUCUAUUUCAUUUUGUUAUAAAUGCUUUUAUAUGACUUUUUGCUUGCAAAAAAGAAUGUUCUGGUAAAUAACUAAGUUGACUACUGAGAAGAAUAUGGUGCUGUAUCAGUGUACUUGCCAAGUAAUGUGGCAAAUUAACAUUAGUCAAGCAGUUCACUGCUGUUGGCCAAGCAGUAUUGCAUGUUAGUGGCCAAGAAAUUCUGUGUGCUACUCUAGUGCCAAGCAGUGUUGACAGCCAAUCAAUGCUGAUUACUAGUGACAAAGCACUGAUGGCUGUGUUGACUGCUAGUGGUCAAGUAACAUUGGCAGCUAGUGGCCAAGCCCUGUGGACUACUUGUAUCUAAGUAAUGUUUAUAGCUAGUUGUCAAGCUGUGUUGACAGCUAAUGCCAGGCAGUGAUGACUGCUAGUUGACAGCUAGUGGCCAGUCAUUGCUCAUUACUAGUGACAAAGCAGUGAUGGCUGUGUUGACUGCUAGUGGUCAAGUAACAUUGACAGCUGGUGGCCAUGCCCUAUGGACCUCUAGCGUCUAAGUAAUGUUUAUCGCUAGUCGCUAAGCUGUGGUGACUCAGUUCAUAUUGUUAGCCUUUGAUCCUGUUGACUAGUGAGAUCAUACACUUUAAAUACAUACUUGAGUAUGGUGUAAGACACCAGUCAUAUAAAUAAAUCAAUGAAUAAAAUGCUACAUGAUUGUAUUAGAAGAGAUGUUUUUGUCUCUGUUAAAGGCGUUUGUUAUGAACUGCUGUGUGUAUGAUAGUUUUGUUUUUAGGCAAGCAUGCUGGAUUUGAACCACCCAUGAAUAUGAACAUAUAAUUCUGGGAAUGAGGAAAUUGGUCCACUGUUAAGAAAGCAGUCCUAAGAUGUAAUUUCAGGGUAGUCGUUCUAAUUUUGUUUUGUAAUAUGUCACACUUUCCGUGUUAUAUGUAUAACUGUGUUGUGUGUCACACUGUCUGUGUUAUUUGUCACAUUGCAACAAACUCAUUCUUGGGUAACAUCAGGGAACAAUCCACAGUGUAAUCUUACAGCGAGUGGGGCCAACCUAUUUUGAUGCUCAUUGCUUGUAAGAAAAUC